AUGUUUAUUUUCAUUUCUUUACUUCUACUAAUCGCCGAGUUGCCCAUCAAUGGACAGGGCAAAGAAUUCAGCACCGAAGAGAUCUCCUAUAUGAAUGGGCACAAAUAUUACGGUCGAAGCGAGCAACCGUAUUUCCGAGUAAAGCACAAGAAACAUUGGCCGAUUGAACUAAUUCAUAUGAAUGACUCGGAUUUCGGAAAGCAUCGUAUACCCGACGACGAUGUCUGGAUGGCGCACGAUUGGACCGAGGAGGAGCUGAAAUACAUGCAUUGUUUGGAUCUACUAUGUUUAUGCCCAUACUAUAACGGUAGUGUUUUGGACGAUGUUUGCGUGCUGCCAAAUGGAGAUGAGCUGAAGCCGAUGCGCAGGAAAGAGUACCGAACGCUAUCCGACGAUGAAAGAACCCAACUGGAGAAAGCUUUUCGCGCAAUGCACGACUCCGGGAUCUACAAUCGUUUAGGACGAGUGCACAAAUAUGGUGGAGUUCAUUCGGGUCCUGGUUUCUUCCCGUGGCAUCGAGAGUUCUUGAAGAGAUUCGAAUUCAUCCUUCGCCGUUUCCUCCCAAUGGGCUCGAAUCUGGGUCUUCCGUAUUGGGACUCAGUGAUGGACGCCUAUCUACCAAAUGAGACGCACUCAAUUAUCUUCAGCAAAUAUCUAACCGGUGACCACAACGAGAAUCACGAAAUGGUUUAUGGACCGUACGCUCGAAUGAAAACAAUGGAGGGUAAUCCACUCGUGAAGCGCUAUCUCGGCCACAAUAAGCAAGGCGAGCUGAUCACUGAGGCGAGAAUCGACGUGAUUAUGGAUCAACAAGAUGUCGUCGGGGUGCUCUCACACUCGAAUCCGUUAAUGCCAUGUUCCCUUCUUCCUCGUUUCAAGUUGGACGAGCGUUUCUUCGAGUACACCCACGAUUAUGUACAUUAUUUUAUUGGUGGUGAUUUCGAGGAGACGCAUACAAGCACAAAUGACAUCAUUUUCUAUUUCCAUCACACUUUCGUUGACUUCAUUUGGGAGAUGUGGCGACAAAAGAUUCAGACGAAAGCCGGUCGUGAAUCGGAAUACCCACCAAAUGAUCCCUAUUGCUACCCGCCAAAUCAUUUCUACAAUGCCUCAAUGGAUGAGUUGCCAAACCGGAGAAUACGGGACGGUCUCUCGAACAAUUACACUGAUAACCUGUACACGUACGAGAUGAGGCCACGAUGCACACACACGAAACCGAAUUGUGGCUCAAACUUUCUGUUCUGCGAUACUGAGAAUUUCGAUCGACCAAAGUGUCAAUCAAAAAUCAAAUUCGGAGGCAAUUGCACCGGAUACGAGAAAUUCGCGAUCUGCUACGAUGGAAUCUGUUUGAAUGGUUAUUGUCGCGAAGAGCCGUCAUUCUGGGAGCGGCUUUGGCUGUGGAUUAAGAGACUGUUGAGGAUAGAA